UUUCAGGGAAUGAGUUGUUGACUCGUCGAUAUGCAUACGAAGGUAAAAAUCAAUAUAUGUGGCAGAGAAACAAACGCUCGGGCCUGAGACUAGGAGACCAGUUGCUCAGCUGAGUGAGUCGCUGCAGAACAUUGCAAAUUGCUCGCGUUUUGUACCUAUUUGAUGAAAUAUGGAAGUGACAGCUGGUAUUUUACACGUACUGCCUCAUGGGAAGUUGUCUGUUGUUAAUUACAGAUCGGUAAGAGUAAGCAGUACCAUACACUUGACAUAAUUUACGAGCACAUUCUCAGGACAAUUUGCUUGACCAGAUAUACGAGAUUUUCAUGUUGUUAAACUGAUUGUUAAGAUGCCAUUUUAGUGCCAUGUCCUAGUUAGCACCGUAGACUUUAUUGCAACGUCUUUCGUUUUGUAGAAAAUUUAUGUAAAAGGAAUAGAUUUUCUCAUGAACAAGAACUGCCAGUGAGACUAAAUGUUUUGAACAGAAUGUUAAUUAUACACGGUGCAGUGGGCUCCGAGGCCGUACUGUUUUCAGAGAGAGGAACAUUCAGCCGAAUUCGGUGAUGCACAGAAGGAGAAAGAGUGAAAGAGAUAGAUGAUGAGAUCGACUCUUGCUUUGAAAACUAGUAGCUAAGUAGACAUGGCCACAUACUGCCCUGAAGACGUAUCUUCUAGAGAACUUUCCUGCCCUAUCUGCUUUGAAGACUAUGACAUCCAUGAUAAUGCCAGGGCUCCAAAGCUGCUCUUGUGUCUCCACACCUUCUGCUUUGAGUGCACAAGGAAGCUAUGGCAGGAGGAUGGUACUCUGGAGUGUUCUUUGUGCCGCAUGGUUCAUGAACAAGUCAGCCUUGAUGACCUGUUUGACAACCAUGUAAUAGUCCAGUACUUGAGGCAAGAAUGUGAAAGGCGUGACUUGGAUUAUGCCCGAAGGAUCGAUGAGGAGCUCCGGCGAGGGGAGAACGUGACCAGUUCGCCAGAGAUAGGAAGUGAAAUAAAACCUGUUCCAAGCUGGGAUGAGGAAGGAGACAAAACCUGUGAAGGCAAUGAUGACACAACAAGCCAGCCAGUUCAUUCAACUGAAGUGCAGGUCCCAGCAGGAGAAGUUUUUGCAAGAAAUAACAUCAUAAACUUUUUGGAUGACCUGAUGGAGAAUAUAAUUUCUGGUGGACAAGAAGUAAAUGGGGAUUACUACAAUCAAGAGGACAAUGAGGAGGAGGAACAGGAAGAGGAAGAAGACGAGGAUGAAGAGGAGGAAGAGGAAGACGAGGAGGAAGAUAAUGAUGAUGCAGUUGAUAUGCCUGUAGAACUAGAAUUAAAUGAAGAGGAGGAGGAAGAUGAUGACAUUACCAGUGCCACCAACCCAGCAUUUUCACUCAGCAACAUUCAGGCAUUGUUUGGUCAGAUUGAUGAGGAUCCAGUGAGUGAAAGCAAUUAUACCAGUGAUGGUGUUGGUGCCAGCCCUAUUCUAACAUUUGGAAGCUUCCUUGCAAUGAUAGGCCAGCAAGCAGAAAGUGACAACAAUCAGGAAGAUGAGGAAGAGGAGGAGGAAGAGGAAGAGGAGCGCUGGCAUUCGGCAAGUGAUGAAUUUCACACACAUGUCUGGGGAGAGGAAGAAAGUGGACAAAUCCCCAGCAGAAAUGAAGUGGAAGAACAGGAUUCAGAUCCUUUCAUUUCUGAUUGGCAGUUUGUCACCCCAGAGAGUUUUAUUGAAGAGUGAUAUAUUUUGUUUUGUGUUUGGUUGUUAAAAGUAUUUGAUUAUGUACAGUGAUGGUUCUCAGUGACACAAGCUUAUAGCGUAAAUAGUGUAAGUUUAUGAGAACUUUUCUAUCUGCGUUAAUUGAUUAUGCAGUGGAGAAAAAUGAUCAUUGAAUAUGCCAUUUUCAAUGAGAUUUUGAUAACCUAUAUAUGGAAAACUCAUUUUAAGUGGUUGUGGACAAACAGUAUGUAGAAUGUUCUAUUUUACAGAAUGAAAAAAAACUACUUGCAAAUAUGCUUUUGUGGGUUUGAUCAUUUUAAAAUGUUCUGAAUGUUGUUUUGAUAAAUAGUCAAAAUAGAUAUUUAACAAAUAAAUUAAAAGCAACUCCUGAAAAGAUAUCUUGAAAUUUAGCCAAGAGAUGUGACUGUUAUAAGUGAACUGAAUAAGUAACCAAGCGGUGAACUAUUGAAUAUAUUUUCAAAGGGCUGGAAAUAAUGAGGUAAUGGUAAUUUCUUUUUUGCCCGAGCAAUGAGGCACAAGUCAAAGGUAGAUAAGAACAUGUUUUCUUUAUAUACUGUAUAAAUGAAUCAAUGCUUCUUCAAUUAUAGUUCCAGAAUUUAUUUGUGUGGAUGUGAUUGCUGUUUUAAGCAAUUGAUAUUAUUAUUAGAUGACCCUAAUUAUCAAUUUAUGUAGAAAUAUAAUGAUAAGCUGAAGGAAAAUUUAGCUGUUCCAUGUUUUUGUCUGCUUUCUAUGAGUGAAAUUUUGAAAAAUUAAGCAAAAUCCAUAUUUGUCAUUUUUCUCAUGUGCUGUUGAUUUUCUUGCUAUACUGGCCUUCCCGGGCAGAGACUUUUUCAUAAAAUGUAUUCAGCACAAUUCUAUCUGUGAUGAACAUUUAUUACAAUUUUUGUAAGACUAGUGUCAUGGAAAUAAUAAACAUAUUUCAGCUUU